GAGUGAGUGUUUUUGUCACAUGAAGCCAGACUAGACAAAUAAUUUAAAGGGAUAUUAGUGUAAGGUUUUAGAAUCAGUGUGACACACGCUUGAGUUUGGCAGGGACAGAGACUGUUUAUAUGUUUCUAUUUCUUUAAUCUCACUCCAACUCUCUUGUCAAUGGCUGUGGUAGUACACUUGGUUUUUUGAGACCAUCUUAUCGAGGAUUUUCUCAGUGGCGCAUGAUAUCUUAAUGUCUUAAGUGACAAUUACAAUACCGGAUUAAAGGCAGUUACCUUAUGGAUAUGUUGAAGACGAAACAUGCUAUGAUGUGUAAUGUUCUAUACAUACAACAACUUUAUUUUGACAACGUUUUUGUUUUUGGAAAUCAGAACAAAUCAAUGACCUUGAAAUCGCAUGAUGGUGAGGAGUUAGACAGACAAAUAAAAAAAAUAUUUGUUAUCUUGUGAAAUUUAGUUGAGUGAUCAAUGGAAAUGGAUGCCGAUGAAAAACAAAAAGAAGCCUGGAAUCUUCAUUUUACAUUAAAUGAUGAAAAGAAUUCUGAUUUGAUCAACAUAAAUGGGGAGAGAAUGUUAAAAGCAUUUCAUGAAUGUCUCUGUAAUGUGCUCAGUUCAGUAUGUUCUAUUGCAAAUCUAUCAAAUGUCAUGACUUCAGAAAUGAAUGCCGAGGAUCACCAAAAUGAUAUUUACGACAAAAAAUACUUUUGUGACUUUGAUAACAAAAACAUUCAUUGUUCAAGAUCCAGAAAAGUUGAAAAUAUUGGCGCCUGUGAGAACAGCUUCCCACCCUGUCAAUACUUGUUUAGAGCCAUGGGUUCAAGCUGUGCCCUUGGCUCUGUUUCUGUUAACACUAUUCAAAACAUAACUGCCGUUCAGUGGUCAGAAUCAUUGAAUGGUCUCUUCGCAGAGCCCCCAAUAACAGAGAAUGAAAGCUCUAAGAACAAUAAUUUGCCUUUAAUUUUGGGCACAACAUUGGGAGCAGCUUUUGUGCUAAUUGUCAUUUUCCUACUUAUCUGUUGUAGAAAAAAAUUGAAACGAUUAUGUGUGAGAGUUGACACUGUAUACAAUGUGAAUGGAAGCACUGAGUCUCAUAUAUAUGAUGAGAUUAUUGACACUAUUGAACGUUCUGUCCAUCAAGUAGAAGACGUUUCGUGUUUUGAAGUACUCAAUGAGGUCUAUUCAUUUCCGAUAGACAGAAUCAUGCAGCGUAGAGCUGAGAUGUUUCAGCAAGGUAGUUUGGGAGUAGCAGAUCUUUCUUCACAGCCUUCUACAUCUGACCAUCUACCGUAUUCUAUUAUGACUUCAAUCAAUGCCAACCAGCCUUCUCUGCUAGAAGAGUCUGGUCCAUCUCAGCAAUUGGUGAAUGACAAAGCAGAUGAUGAGACAGUUCAUCUAAGUACUUCCGGCGUAGAAGAUGAUCAUUCUUCUCAGCCUGCACCGUCUGACCAAUUAUAUGGGGAAAUUUCUCAACAUGCGACGCUUGACCUGACUGAUGACUAUCAAUGUUAAUUCGAUAUUCUCAAUUCUUUGCUGGUGACACAUUUAAAUGAAUAUCU